AUGACGGUUCGCAACCUUCGGAUGGUUCAAAGUCAAAUGUGGACUAUGACGAUCAUGUGGUCGAAGAACGUCCUCUUUGACGGUAUCUACAUCAACAGUACCUCGAGCAAUGGGAACCCUGCCAGGAACACUGACGGCGCAGACACCAUCAACUCGGAUCACAUCACGUUUCGCAACAUGUACAUUCGCAAUGGUGACGAUGCUAUUGCCCUGAAGGGUAAUUCCACCAACAUCUUGAUCGAGGAUUCGACCCUUGACCGCUCCCUUGGAAUCGCAUUUGGAAGUCUUGGGCAGUACAAGGGUGUAUUCGAAAGAGUUGAGAAUGUUACCGUCCGUCGAAUCAAAGGGUUAAAGACUCGAUAUGGUGCCUAUGUCAAGACUUGGACCGGCGAUCAGGUGUCGUACCCACCUAACGGCGGCGGCGGAGGUAUCGGGUACCUUCGAAAUGCAAGUGAGUGUUCAAACUUCCGUAUGAUUGAGGCUUGA